AUGGCUUCCUUCGCGCCGCUGGGCGUGCCCGCGCCGUGGCGAUCCGAUCCCCGCAGGCUGCUCAAGCGCCUGAGGCCCUUGCGGGCAACGGAAACAGAAUCAACCGUUGAAGUGCUGGAUGCGCCAGGUGGGCGGCGCGAUCCGCGCGUCGCGGAGGGACGCAAGCUGCUGGCGCCGCGCCACGGCACCGAUUUGGGGCAGAAGUCUAAGGCGGUGGCGGCGGGGGAGGGCGUGGCGGUGGCGCCGCGCGAGGUCAAUGUUGACGCAAGCGGAGCGAUGUCCUUGGCGCGGGUGGCCGGGAGCAAGGCGGAGUCGAUGAGCAGCGCGGACGAGGAGGAUGGGGCGGGGAAGGAGGUGGAGACGGCGGAGGGGAUGUUCUCCGGCUCUCUCAAGGGCUUGCUGCUGCUGAACCUGGGCGCAGCGAUGUUCGGGUCGAACCAGGUGGUUAUCAAGACGACGGAGAGGCACCUGUCGCCGGGCGCGCUGUCGGCCAUCAGGUUCCUGAUCGCCGCCGUCGCGUUCUCGCCCUCGAUAGUCAGGGGGCUGCAGAUGCCGAAGCUGAGGUCGGCGGCGUUCGAGCUGGGCUGCUGGCUGUUCGGUGAGUAG